AUGGAUAAAAGAACAUUGUUUCUGACGGUACACACAAAAGGUAAAGAAAACACAGAGGUGAAGGACACAAAUCCACUCCCUGCCACUUCAAAAGUAGGAACCCUUCUGAAGAAGUACAAGAUACACAUAACAUACUAUUCCGUUUUUCUCUCCCUAUUUUGUAUGUUCUCCUACUGCGUUAUAAAGCUGCUAAUUAUGGUUCUGCACGAACCAGUGUCUGUUAAAAUGGUGAAGGAGAGGGUGUUAAUGGACCAGGCGUUGGUAGAAGAAUAUGGAGAAGUCAUAUUCUCUCGCUUCUGGACUGGCUACAUAAAUGACAACCACGCUAGAAUAAAUAUUAACAUAAAAAGUGAGACGAAAAAAAACAAAAAGGGGAAAGUUGUUGCGAAUCUUGUGAAGCAGAAGGACGACACCUGGAUCAUUAAGACGUUAACCUAUUACACCGUUAAAAAGAAUAAUGACUUAAACACAGACGAUUUGAAGACGCUUCGACAAGGUAACGGCCAGACCUCCCUAUGUCCGGUGGACCACAAAUCUUUGGGUGCGCCAAAGGUUAAGGGUUAG